CGCCGAGGCGCUGGAGAAGGAAGAGGCGGGGAAGAGGAGGCGGUCGCGGCUGGGCAGACGCUCGGCGGGGCUGCGCGCUCCGCUCUCGGCCUCGCGCCCGCCGGGAACCCGCGCCCGGGCCGCCGUGCCCGCCCGCUGCACAGACGACGCACAAAGUUGCCAAGAGCGCGGGGGCCGCGCGGGGAGCAGCGGCGCUCGGGCGCCGAUGGGGGCGGGCGGCCGGAGCUGCGCGGCCCGCGGGGAUGCAGCAGCAGUCGGGAGGCGCGGCCGACAGUAGACGGAGGCGCGGCGCGGCCACGGCGGCCGAGGCCAGCGGGCUUGGUGGCGCCCAGACCUGAGCCGGGCUCGGCAAGCUCAGCGCGCGGCCCUCCCUCCCGACCGCCCGGCGCGCGAGACCCGGGACGCGUCAGAGCGAGCGCGGCCGGAGCGCGGAGAGCUAGGGCCCCGCCGGAGAGGCCCCGCCCGCCGUAGCUUGCACCUCCCUAAAAAUAACUCGGCCCGCCGGGGCCAGCGCGAACGGCGACGGUUCCCCAGCGCAGCCGGCCAGUCGCCGAGUCCCGGUGCACGGACAGCGGGCCUCGAGGAGGAGAGCAGCUCCGGGCUGCACGGACCCUCGUGCUGUCUGCGCCCCGGCCCCGCGCCUGGGCUGGUUUACCUCGGGCAGUGGCGCUGGGCCAGGAGGCCGGCGAGUGUGUGGAGCGGUCCCGGUGCGCCCCGCAGGGGGAGAUGGCGUCCUACGUGGAUAAUAGCUUCCGCCAAGCGGUGAUGAAGAACCCCGCCGAGAGGACCCCCCAGGACCUGGAAAUAGUGUAUUCCUAUUUACAUGGGAUGGAAGCCUUGUCCAACCUGAGGGAGCACCAGCUAAGGUUAAUGUGUGAAACUGUGAGAUAUGAAAGACAUGAAGCAAACGAAGUUUUAUACUAUCCUGAUGAUAUCGGCACCUGCUGGUAUAUACUACUUUCUGGUUCCGUGUUCAUUAAGGAAUCCAUGUUUCUUCCAAGGAGCAGUUUUGGCAAGCGUUCUGCAGGAAGCUUUAGGCGUGGCUGUGAAUGCAUUGUGUUAGAGCCUUCUGAAAUGAUUGUGGUGGACUAUAUGGAUGAAAAUGAAGAAUAUUUCCAGCGUCAAGCCUCCCACAGACAGUCUCGAAGAAGAUUUAGGAAAAUCAACCAGAAAGGCGAAAGACAAACAAUUAUUGAUACAGUGGACCCUUACCCCGUGGGCAAGCCCCCUUUACCCAGAGGCUACCAUACGGAAUGCACUAAAUCCCAGCUGCCUGCAGAUUUCACAAAACUACACCUCACUGACAGCCUCCACCCACAGGUGACCCACGUCUCCUCCAGCCAUUCAGGAUGUAGCAUCACCAGUGACUCUGGAAGCAGCAGUCUUUCUGAUAUCUACCAGGCCACGGAGAGUGAGGCUGGUGACAUGGACCUGAGUGGACUGCCGGAGACGGCAGUUGAUUCUGAGGAUGACGACGAUGAGGAAGACAUCGAGAGAGCAUCAGAUCCUCUGAUGAGCAGAGACAUCGUGAGGGACUGUCUGGAGAAGGACCCGAUAGACAGGACCGAUGAUGAUAUCGAACAACUCCUGGAAUUUAUGCACCAGCUGCCUGCCUUCGCCAACAUGACGAUGUCAGUGAGACGGGAGCUCUGUGCCGUGAUGGUCUUCGCAGUGGUGGAAAGAGCUGGAACCAUUGUGUUAAAUGAUGGAGAGGAGCUGGAUUCCUGGUCAGUGAUUCUCAACGGUUCCGUAGAAGUGACAUAUCCAGAUGGGAAAGCAGAGAUACUGUGCAUGGGAAACAGUUUUGGGGUGUCACCGACCAUGGACAAAGAAUACAUGAAGGGAGUGAUGAGGACGAAGGUGGAUGACUGCCAGUUUGUCUGUAUUGCCCAGCAAGAUUACUGCCAUAUUUUGUACCUAGAAAACAACAUGCAGAAAGUUGAGGAAGACGGGGAGAUUGUGAUGGUGAAGGAGCAGAGAGAACUGGAUGGGACCGGAACAAGGAAGGGGCACAUUGUCCUCAAGGGGACCUCAGAGAGGCUGAUCAUGCAUCUGGUGGACGAACAUUCUGUAGUGGAUCCAACGUUCAUAGAAGACUUCCUGUUGACAUACCGGACUUUCAUUUCUAGCCCGCUGGAAGUGGCAAAGAAGUUAUUGGAGUACUUUAAUGACCCUAGCCUCAGGAUUAAGGUGACACGGGUAGUCUUGCUGUGGGUGAAUAAUCACUUCAGUGACUUUGAAGGAGAUCCUGCAAUGACGCGAUUCCUAGAAGAAUUUGAAAAUAACCUGGAAAGAGAGAAAAUGAUUGGACAUCUAAGGCUGUUAUACAUCACCUGUGCGGCUAAAGCCAAGUGCAGGUUGAUGACACUCACAAAGCCGUCUCAUGAAGCCCCUCUGUCCUUCAACUUACUGGGAGGCUCUGAGAAGGGCUUUGGCAUCUUUGUGGACAGUGUUGAAUUGGGUAGCAAAGCCACCGAAGCUGGCUUGAAGCGUGGGGAUCAGAUAUUAGAAGUAAAUGGUCAAAACUUUGAAACUAUCCAGCUUUCAAAGGCAAUGGAAAUUCUUAGGAAUAACACACACCUGUCCAUCACUGUGAAAAACGACUUACUUGUAUUUAAAGAGCUUCUGACAAGAUUGUCUGAAGAGAAAAGAAAUGGUGCCCCUAAUCUUCCUAAAAUCGGAGACAUCACGACAUCUAGUUGCUACUCCAUACCUGAUCUUGCCAUAGAUGUGGAACAGGUGAUCGGUCUUGAGAAGGUCAACAAGAAGAGUAAAGCCAACACCGUGGGUGGGAGAAACAAGCUAAAGAAAAGUUUUAACAAGCCUGGGAUCAGCACCUUACCUCAGAAACCAUACAAUGAUAUUGGGAUUGGUCAGUGUCAAGAUGAUAGCAUCGUGGGCCUGAGGCAGAACAAAGACAUCCCUGCUGCCCUAUCCGUAAGCGGAACACUGUCUUCAAGUAACAGUGACUUGCUGCAGUCACUCCACCAGACUCUGGACAUCAGCACGACUCCAGACUUGCCAGAUCAGGUGCUCAGAGUCUUCAAGGCUGACCAGCAAAGCCGGUACAUCAUGAUCAGUAAGCACACCACAGCCAAGGAAGUGGUCAUCCAGGCCAUCAGAGAGUUCGCCAUCACCGCCACACCAGACCAGUAUUCUCUGUGCGAGGUCUCUGUCAUGCCAGAGGGAGUCAUCAAACAACGGCAACUCCCAGAUCAGCUUUCUAAGCUUGCUGACAGAAUACAGCUGAGCGGAAGGUACUAUCUGAAAAACAACAUGGAAACGAAAAUGCUCUGCUCAGAUGAGGAUGCCCAAAAGCUGUUGCAUGACAGCCAAAUCUCUCUUCUUCACCUCAGCACUGUGGAGGUUGCCACGCAGCUCUCCAUGAGGAACUUUGAACUCUUCCGUAGCAUCGAGCCUACUGAAUACAUAGAUGAUUUGUUUAAACUCAAAUCCAAAACCAGCUGUGCCAACCUGAAGACAUUUGAGGAAGUCAUUAACCAGGAAACAUUUUGGGUGGCUACGGAAAUCCUGCGAGAGACAAACCAGCUGAAGAGAAUGAAGAUCAUUAAGCAUUUUAUUAAGAUCGCACUGCACUGUAGGGAGUGCAAGAAUUUUAACUCCAUGUUUGCCAUCAUCGGUGGCCUAAACCUGGCACCAGUGGCAAGACUCCGAACUACCUGGGAAAAUCUUCCCAAUAAAUAUGAAAGGCUAUUCCAGGACCUACAGGACUUAUUUGAUCCUUCCAGAAACAUGGCAAAAUACCGCAACGUCCUGAGCAGCCAGAACUUACAAACUCCUGUCAUCCCCCUAUUCCCCAUCAUCAAGAAGGAUCUGACAUUCCUCCAUGAGGGAAAUGACUCAAAGGUAGACGGACUGGUCAACUUUGAGAAACUGAGGAUGAUUGCAAAAGAAAUCCAUCAUGUUGGCCAAAUGGCCUCAGUAAACAUGGACCCUGCCCUGAUGUUCAGGACUCGGUAAAAGAAGUGGUGGUGUCUGGGGUCGCUGAGUCAGGGCAGUACCAAUGCCACUGUGCUGGAUGUCGCUCAGAAUGGCAGGCACAAAAAGCAGGUACGCCAUAGCUCCUUCCUCAAUGCCAAAAAGCUGUAUGAAGAUGCCCAAAUGGCUCGGAAGGUGAAGCAGUACCUGUCCAACCUCGAGGUGGAGAUGGAUGAGGAGAGUCUCCGGACAGUGUCGCUGCAGUACGAGCCAGCAACCAGCACCUUGCCCAGGAACCCUGGAGACAAAAAGCCUGUCAAGUCCAAGACCUCCCCUGUGGCUCCCCGUGCAGGGCCACAGCAGAAAGUGCAGUCUCAGCAGCUGCUGCCACAGCCACCACAUAAAGUCAGCCAAGGACUGCAGGUGCCUGCAGUGUCCCUCGACCCUUCACGAAAGAAGGUGCAGGUGAAGGAUCUGCCACCUUUUGGCAUAAACUCCCCACAAGCUUUAAAGAAAAUCCUGUCCUUGUCUGAAGAAGGGAGUUUGGAGCGUCAUAGGAAGCAAGCAGAAGACACAAUAUCAAAUGCAUCUUCGCAGCUGUCCUCACCCCCCACCUCGCCUCAGAGCUCUCCAAGGAAAGGUUAUUUGUUGGAUCCCAGUGGCAAUGUGGAUAAUUUUUCAGGUUCUGGUCACAGUGAAAUUUCUUCACGAUCCAGUAUUGUUAGCAGUUCUUCCUUUGACUUGGUGCCAGUCCCUCUGCAUGACAAAUGGCGCCAGAUGCACUCCAUCAGCAUUGUGGAGACCAACCUAGGUGUGGGCAGGAUGGAGCUGCAGACCCUGAUUGAGCCUGAUCAAUACAGUUUAGGGUCAUAUGCCCCAGUGUCUGAAAGCAGAGGCCUGUAUGCCUCAGCAACUGUCAUCUCUUCUCCUAGCACAGAGGAUCUUUCCCAUGAGCAACGGGACCGUGCUUCCCUCGAUGCUGCUGACAGUGGUCAUGGGAGCUGGACUUCAUGUUCAAGCAGUUCCCAUGAUAACAUCCAGACCAUCCAGCACCAGAGAAGCUGGGAAACAUUGCCCUUUUGGCACACUCACUUUGAUUAUUCAGGGGAUGCUGCAGGUAUAUGGGACUCCGGUAGCCAUAUGGACCAAAUCAAGUUUUCUAAUCAUAGCACACAGUAUCAUAGACAAAAUCAAAUCAGAGAGAGUCUUGAACAAGCCCAGUCCCGGGCGAGCUGCACAACUUCCACGGGCUACUGGGGAGAAGACUCAGAAGGUGACAUGGGCACUAUCAAGUGGAGGGGUGGCAAGGAUGUCUCCAUUGAAGCAGAAAGCAGAAGCCUGGUGCCUGUCACCACCAAGGAAGCCAAACCCGUCCCUAUGCCUGCCCACAUAGCUGUGAUGUUAAGUACUACAAGGGGGCUCAUUGCACGGAAGGAGGGCAGGUACCGGGAGCCACCGCCCACACCUCCAGGCUACGUGGGCAUCCCCAUCACAGAUUUCCCUGAAGGGCCUUGCCACCCGGCCCGGAAGCCGCCGGACUACAACGUGGCCCUGCAGCGGUCCCGCAUGGUGGCGCGGCCCACCGAGGCCCUGUCUCCAGGGCAGACGCCUCCUGCAGCCAGCAGGCCGGGAAGCAAGCCUCAGUGGCACAAGCCCAGCGAUGCAGACCCACGCCUCGCACCCUUCCAGCCGCAGGGCUUCGCCGGGGCCGAGGAGGACGGUAGGCGCUGGGGAGACCCGCUGGCAGCCCCAGGUCCCACUUGCUUGGGAGGGUCAGGACACUGGCUCCAAGCUCUUUAACUGCUUGCUGUGGAGGGUUUUUUCCCUCUUUAGCAGGAGGAAGAACUUUUCUUUAAAUGGUUUAAGAAGUGCCAGCCAUCACUGAAGGGUAGCUUGUAAGAAAGUGUGCACGUGACUACAGUGUUCGUCUUUUAAUGUGCUAGGCAAGUUCUACCUAAGACACAGCCUAGCCUGGAUUUCCAAGACAAUGCUUAGUAAAACUGAAGUUCUUUUGUGGCCCUAUUUUAACGAUAAGGAUAAAAACCUCUGGUUGUUGCUCGUGUUAGGAAUUCAGAGAAACAUCUUGGCCUAUUGAGAUGGGGCUGGUUAAGGUUUUCAGUGGAAGCACUGCAGUUGCACACUUAAGGGUGGAAAGCGGCUGGGAGUGAAGGGCUAGCAAAAGCUAUGCACGCUGUAGGACUCUGCCUUUCUGUGGAUGUUCCUACCAACACUGGGUUGAGAACAAGGAGGAGACCUACCCUUUGCUUUCUAAGUAGUCAGUGUAGUGUGUUUUAUUACACAACCACUCUAGCAAGGUCCAAAACAUAGUAAGCAGGAAUUAUAAUCUUUCAAUUCUA